UAGCCAUUGUAUAUUCAGCUACUUUGGAUACACACCAAGCAUCAUGUCUACCUUCGCUUUCCUCCUCCUCUGCGUCCAAGCUUGCUUGGUUCAGAAUGUGUACAGCCAGUGUCUGCGUGGUGCUGCUGGACCUAUUGGGUGGGACGCCGGAAUAGGAGGCUGCGGCUGGGGUCCUGGCGUUGCUGGCUUAGGCUGGGAAGGCGGCUUAGCUGGUCCCGUUGGGUGCGGUUGGGGUGCUGGCCUUGGUGGUCUAGGCUGGGAAGGCGGUCUUGCUGGUCCUGGUGCUUGGGGCUGGGGUGCCGGUCUUGGUGGUUUAGGCUGGGAUGCCGGUCUUGCUGGUCCCGGUGCUUGGGGCUGGGGUUCCUACGGAGGUGCCGGUGUUGGUGAUGUAGCAGUUGCCGGUGAAAUGGGCGUCGCUGGUACCACACUAGUCGCUGGUCAAGUGCCAAUCCUUGGUGCUGUCGAGUUCGGAGGUGUCGUGCCUGCUGCUGGAGCUGUCUCUAUCGCUGGUAGCUGCGGCUGCGGCUGUGGCUGCAACGGUGGAUACAUUUACUGAGAAAAACUUAUAACAUGAAUAAUGGCAAAAAUACUUUUUAAAAACCGAAUUAAAUGAUAUUUAUGGCACUC